AUGUCAAGACCGGCUGAGUUAUUCCCUCAAAUUUCUGCAAUCUCUCCAAAUCUUUUCCAAGGUGGAUUUCAUGAAUUUGGACUACGAUAUUGUUCAGCAAAAGAAUGUCCUUGGGGAUGGGAUUAUUCAGGUUGUUCCAAUAUGACUGAACUACAAUUGGUCUUGGAAAAAUCGAUCAUGAUAAGACGAGUUAAAGCUGAUGUUUUAUCACAAUUACCGGCUAAACGUCGUGAAUUAGUUGUUCUAGAUCCAAGUAUAAUUAAAAAAGGAAGUCUGGGUAGACAUGCUAAAACAAUGUUAACUGAUAAAUUAUCCAGUAAAGAGAAACGCUCUGCUCUAUUCGAAUAUUUCCAUGCAACUGGUUCAGUAAAACUUCCAGCUAUAGAACAAUAUGUUUUAGAUAUAAUCGAAUGUGGUCACAAAUUCCUACUUUUCGCACAUCAUACAGACGUCCUAGAUAGUCUCGAUAAAUUACUGUCAGAAAAGUCUAUACGUUUUAUUCGUAUUGACGGUCGUACAAAUUCAGAACAGAGAUCUGUUGUUUGUCAAAUAUUUCAAAAUGAGGACGAUUGUCGUGUUGCAUUGCUUUCAAUUACUGCAGCUGGGACAGGUCUUCAUUUAACUGCAGCUAAUUUAGUUAUAUUUGCUGAAUUAUUUUGGAAUCCUGGUGUAUUAGUUCAAGCUGAAGAUAGGGCAUAUCGAAUUGGUCAAAUGGAUUCUGUGUUAAUACGUUAUUUAAUUGCAGAACAAACUGCAGAUGAUUUCAUUUGGCCUCUUGUGGAACGUAAACUUGAAGUGUUGUCCAAAGCUGGCUUAAAUCGAGAAACAUUUCGAAUGACUGAUUCUACAACAAGACUUGGUUCUAAUAAACUUGAACAACAAAAAAUUCUAGAUUAUUUCAAAGAAGAAUUGAAUGAUUUUGAAGAAUGGGAAAAUUUUGAUACUGUAUCAUCAGUAAUCAAUGAAGAAAGUAGCAAUACUCACUCUCAAAAUGAUAAGAAAAUUGACAAUAAUAAUGAUCAUCAGAAUAAAGUUAAAUCUAAGAAUGAUUCUUUAAUGAAUCAAAUUCAUUUGACUGAACCAAAAAUGACCACUAGUUUAUUUAGAUCAAAAUCACAAUCAUCAGUGAUUAACAAUACUACUCCUAAUAAAAAUAAUCCAAGAAAACGUCUCCUUGUUCCAUCAUCACCUGAGUCGAAUCAUUCAGAGAUAUUUUCAAAUGAAUUCAAUGAUAAUAUUGAUGAAGAUGAUUUAAUUUGGGCUGAUGACGAGGAUGAUGAUUUUGUUGAACAAAUCGAUGAAUCUGAUAUAACCGAUAAUAAUAUUGAAGAAUUUUCAGGAAAUGAUGAAUAUUUAUUAUCAGAAGCUGUUAAAAUUGCUGAAGCCGCUGAAGUUGAUUGGCUUACAGAAGGUCUUAUCAAAGAAGAUACAGAUGAUAUUGAAAUAAAUCAAUGA